UAUGUUUUUUGCUAUGCUCGGUUGUGUGUGUGUGUACAACAAAUGUGAUGAAUCAUGUUGCCUAAAGUAAAAAUAUGAAUGGAAAAAGAAAGGUGGCAGAAGUGACGCGAUACUAUUGGCCUUUCCACCCCCUUACCAACGAACCCCACUUCAAUUGUGAUUCACUUGGCCGCAGACUGAAGUGAGAGACAAGAUGAGUAGUAUCGUGGUACACGACAGCGGUCGUAACGAUUCCAAUUACUGCAAUUUGCAGGGCAAUCGCACCACGAUCAUUUUCACAAACGCCUACAAUGGCAUACCAGAGACUCUUAUACUCAAUACAAUAUUUUGGGUGUUGCUUAUACUGCUGUUCACCACGCUACGUCAUCAGGCGAGCGACUAUCGCCUUGCACUUGUAAAUCCCAAUGGCACUAAAAAACGCUGGACAGAAAUAUUUUAUUCACGUGCAGCAAGCGUUGUCGACCCACAGCCCAGCUCCAGUUCCAAUGCCGCCAACGCUGGACAACAGAGUCCACGUCCCAGCGUGGAGUCUCCCUCGGCGGCGGAUUCUACGCCGCUGUCGCCCAUACAAAUGGAGCCGGGCAUUUUUAAUUGGAUUACCGUCACAUUAAAGCUGCGCAAGGAGACCAUCUUACUGCACUCGGGACCAGAUGCCGUGCACUAUUUGUCGUUUCAACAGCAUUUGAUGACCGUUAUGGCAAUUGUGACCAUCAUCUCCUUGGCCAUCAUAUUGCCCAUCAACUUUUUAAAUGGACCACAAGAAACGCCGUAUGAUGUAAAUACAUUUGCACGCACCACAAUGGCUAAUCUGGCGCCAGAUUCUCCUUGGCUCUGGGUGCAUACAAUCAUAACCAUAUUAUACAUACCGCUAGUGGUGCUGAUCAUGCGUCGUUCUUCGGGCAGAAAUGCAUUCAAGAAAGCCGCCACGCGCACCAUUAUGAUAUCCAAUAUAUCCAACAGCGAUCGCAACAAGACAGUUAUACGUAACUAUAUGCAGGAACUGUUUCCGGAUGUGACAAUUGAGACCGUCAGCAUUGCCUACAAUAUAUCGCGUCUGUAUGUGCGUAACGCGGAGUACGAGCGUGUGCGGGAGGCACGGAUCUACUGCGAACAGCAUCGUAAUCGGGAUACGCUCAUGGCUAAGCCGGAAAUGUGCUCGUGCAAGAAGGAGAAUGCCUAUGAGUAUUAUCAGCGAGAGGAGCGUAAACUGUCUGGCGAUGUGGCUCGCUUACGUGCCGUUACCCUGAAUGAGCCACUUGAUAUAGCUUUUCUGACAGUGUCCACGGUGCAGGAGGCGCAGAAUAUUGUCACCCACUUUACGCCGGGCACCUAUCGUCAAUGGGAUUUAAUGUUUGCACCAUCGCCCGAUGAUAUUUUCUGGGAGAACUUGAAUGUGAAUCGCAGCCAUUGGUAUUUGAAGUUCGUCUGCGUCAAUGUGGUGCUCUUUAUAGUGCUCUUCUUUCUCACCACGCCCGCCAUGGUAGUGAAUAUGCUGAACAAUCGACCCUGGCUUAAGGAUACCGAGAACAAAAUCUCGCCGCUAGUUUCAGAGUUCUUGCCCACAUUGAUGCUGUGGACACUGUCAGCGCUCAUGCCGGUUAUUGUUUCUAUAUCGGACAAGUGGAUGGGUCACUAUACGCGGUCGAAGCAAAACUACUCCAUAAUGACCAAAUGCUUUGGCUAUCUGCUGCUUAUGAUUCUCAUACUACCAUCGCUGGGCUUGACCUCAGCACAAGCGUUGCUUGAAUGGAGCCUGACCAAUGAUACGGGACGUUGGCAAUGCAUCUUUUUACCGGAUCGCGGUUCGUUCUAUGUGAAUUAUAUCAUUACUGCAGCCUUCAUUGGUACCUCAUUGGAACUGCUGCGCUUUCCCGAGCUAAUUGUGUAUAUUUGGGCACUGCUGAAGGCCACCUCCAAGGCUGAGACGCCCUUCAUACGCAAGUCCAUUUUGAUAGAAUUUCCUUUUGGCACGCACUAUGCCUGGACUACGCUGGUCUUUACCAUAUCGAUAGUGUACAGCGUGUUCUGUCCGUUGAUCAUGCCCUUCGCUAUAGUCUACAUAUGCUUGAAGCAUAUGGUGGAUCGCUAUAAUCUCUACUUUGCCUAUGGACCAUCAAACAUGAUUUCGCGCAAGGGUGGCAAAAUACACUCUACGGCAGUCACCAUGACCAAGUUCUCUGUACUCAUACUGGUUCUAGUGAUGGCCAUGAUGUGCUACUUCCGCGGUGACGAUGGCAUGGCGCGAUUCCUCAUACUCACCAUAACGCUGGCAAUUACCAUAACCUUGUUUAUGUUUAUGUCGCCCAUUAAACGCUGCGCAGCCACUCGUCGUCCCAGCAUUGUGGAGAUUGCUGGCCCCGCACCAGCGUAUAUACCCGAUGUGCUAAAGGCGUGUCCGCCCAGCAACGCCAGACCUUCGGUAGCGGGCUUUAAUGGUUAUGGCUCGGAUAAUGUGUCAGAAUAUGAUAGUUCACAGUACAGCGUUAACAGCGUGGAGGCGUAAAACGAGGCUAAGAAUUCAUACUCUCGACGACAAGAAGUAAACAAAGCGCGUUCAGCACUAACAUAUUUUUUGAUAAGAUUUUUAAAAAGCUGCUGUUGGAGCACUUUGUUUGUUAAGAGCAGUUGAGAGUAGAGGAAGUAGCAGCAUAUGUGAUAGCAAUUAGCCUCGGUUUUCUGUAUAAUUUCAAACGAUGUAGUUAUGUAUAUAUAUAUAGACGCCUCUAAUCUUUAGCUACUUAUAAUUUUCAAAUUGUAUAUA